UGUGACCAGUGUGUCUGACCCUCCUUUAUAUACAGUCUGUGGUGUGACUGCAGCAGCUCUGUGUGCGGGUUGAAAUGUCUCACGCAGGGUUUGAUAGAUCACGCACUUUAAAGGCCUGGUUCGCUCUGAGGCGUCUUGACAAAAACGAUGACAGAGUGGUGGCUCUCCGAGAGGUGUCCAUCCCUCCAGCAGCUGAUGUCACCAUGAUCAUACAGAUCAUCACCACUACCUUUGGACUGAACUGUAGCGAUGUAAUAUUCAAGAUAAGGAACCAUCGUGGCUGUCUGAUCCCUCUGAACAGCUCCAUGCCCGCUAACAGCAAGCACAUGCCAUAUGUGCUAGAGGUAGCCAAGAUCUUUCAGCAUGUGCGUCCCAAGCCCAGAACCAUUCCCAUGACUGUGAUCAACAAGAGCAUGAAGACCAGGCUACAGACUAUUGACAGGAGGAUUCAAAGACUGGAGGACCUUCUGCCUCAGAUCAAACUCAGGUGCAAUGAAAAGCUUGGCCAGGAGAUUGAAUGUCUCAACCAGAAGCUGAGGUUUCUUCAAAGGAGAAUGCAGGUUGCGGACUCUCACAGCUGGAAGGGGGUGCUGACCAGGGCCCCUCUGUGGUGAACCAACACUCACAUUUCCCACUUUGUAGAAAACACAGGCCAUCUAUAGGACUGUGGUCACACUCAUCAUUCACUGCAGAUUUUUAUCAUGUCACUAUGUCUGUAUGGAUUAUAAUGUGAAUGGCCUCAGAUCAAACGUUGCCCACAGUGUAAUAGAGCAUGUUCAUCAUUGUGCUUCAAAUUCAAAUAUGUGCCGUCAUCAGUUUAGAUUAAAUAUUGGCCUGUAUUUAAUAAACUUCCAAUUCUGACACGACUGAGGUUUCUUCUAAGUGUAACGUAAUAAAACACAUUUAUUUGAGAACUUA